CCGCGCUGAGCACUUUACCCUGUUUGGUAAGGCGUGCCUGCCAUCAGCGGCUCGUCGGUCGGCCGCCCCGUGCCUUCCAUUUUGAGUAAACCAUGAGUGUCGCCCGCAGGCGCCCGCGCCCUCAGCUCCGGCUCUUCCACUCAAGCUUCCUCUUUGCUUGGGUCACUUUCACCAUUUGUUUUGUACAUACCCUACCUCAACAGAUUGGCUCUCUGAGUUACAUGCAUCUCAACUCAAGUCGGAAGAGCGUGAAGCAGCAGCAGCAACUCCACUUACUCGUUACAGUACUCAUCUGGGAGAAUCACCCUCAAUGGGGCCGAACAUUUCACAACAACCGUGCAUGGUUGGUUGCCCCCCCCCCCCCCCCCCCUUCCCCUUUCUGUCUUCGCUGCUCGCGGCGAGCCAGAAAAGGACUUUAUAUUAGGUUAAGGUGAUCGCAAGGCCUUCCACUUUUGGGGCCGAGUGGUUUGCCUGGUCUGGAUAUCUCACCAACCGGAAUGCAACCUUUGCAGGGAUUUCUUGAAUCGAGCUCAAAGACUUAGACUCGACCGCC